GAUUGUGACCUUGUCAUUUCUUCUCACAUGAUAUCCCGACUGACGUCUAUCUCCUGCUUGGGGCGAUGUUGAUCCAAGAGAAGAAGGACCUGCCAAAUAGGUAUUCCGUAACACGAACUACUAGGUACAGGCGGGACGGGGCUUGGCAUGUAGAUGGGUUACCUAUCCGUGGGCAUCAUGGUUUGAUGUCCAACGGUUGUGGCUGACAUGUCGGUCAGAAAUCGGGCCUCCAGAUUGACGAUUCGGUUCCUGAACUAUGCUCGGUCGAGUGUUGUCAAGUAAAAAGGAUCCACAGGCUCAAACACCGAGACGACUUUUGGUAUUCUGAAGCGAGAAUCUAGCACGUUGUGCUCUCCCGCAACCGCAGUGGUGCGACCCGGAAACGCUAUGUUCCAGUGCAUAUUCCCGGAGGAUCACCGGUGCCACCCCUCAUUUUCCCCAGUGAGUAACAGACAGCGCUUGGAAUUCUUCCAGAACCCGCCAGCAGCCAAACAUUCUCGCAACAGCAUCCAUCUUCCGUCUGUCAUUGGUGCCACCGAGACAAGAUUCUUGUCACCGAGCAUUAUUCCACGAGAAAACCUCUUUCCCUUAUCGGUGACACAGCCACACCCCCAGGUUCAAGGCAGAAUGGGCUAACCUCUUUGUGGCGACAGCAUAGCCGUAUCAGAUGAUCCACAGUGUUAUUGAAUGAGAACCCUGCGUUAGGCGGUAUUGGCAAGGCUGUGUGUACUUGGCGAGUCGCUCGUAGAUGUCUGGUUCACUGGUUUGCUGCCGUGCAUCGUUGUACUUAAGAAGAGGCUGACCCCGGUUUUCAAACAUAGCCAUAUCCUCAUUAUCAUCCACCAUAUUAUCCACGUGUAUUUGCCAGUUGUCAUCCAUCAACAGCAGUUGGCAGUGGCGCAACAAAGAUCCAUCCACCACAAGCGUGACCACUUCAUACUCAAUCCUUCGCAAACCUUAGCUCUCAGCCCAGAGAGCGCACACAUACAUAACCGACUGAAGGCCAUUAACUUUUCGCGACUUUUUCCCCAAUCAUCUGACCACUCCAUCUCACCACCAACACUGUCAAGAUGGCCUCCUACAGAAUUGCCGCUCCCGAUGAGUACCUUGCCAUCACUGGCAUGGGAGUCAAGAAUGUCAAAAUCACCAAGGCCGCUUGGGUAUGGCCCUUCCAGCGCUGCAUGCGCUUCAGCGUGCAGCCCCACGACUACGCCAUGAACCUUCAAGCCAUGACCAAGGAGAAACUCCAGUUCCUUCUCCCAGUGGUCUUCACCGUCGGUCCCGACGUCAACCAGCGCGGCGCUAACAAGAAGGGCAAGUCUCCUGCUCCUCCUGGUGUCUCCGGCGCCGGCAGCGCUGGCUCCCCCGUCGAGGACGAUGAGAACGGAGUCUAUGACUACGACAACCACGGCCAUGUUGCCGGUCGCGAGGACCAAGGGGACUCGCUCAUGAAGUACGCCAUGCUCCUGGCUGAUUCUGGCGCCAAGAAGGACGGCACCAAGGAUUUCCUCGAGAACAUCGUCAAGGGUAUUAUCGAGGGUGAGACGCGUGUGCUGGUGUCCAGCAUGACGAUGGAGGAGAUUUUCACCGAGAGAGAGGUGUUCAAGAGGAGGAUUUUCCGCAACAUCAAGAGCGAGUUGGACCAGUUUGGUCUCAAGAUUUACAACGCCAACGUCAAGGAGCUGAAGGAUGCGCCAAACUCGAUCUACUUUGAGAGUUUGAGCAGGAAGGCUCACGAGGGUGCUACUAACCAGGCCCGUAUCGACGUCGCCGAGGCCCAGCUCAAGGGUAACGUCGGUGAAUCCAAGCGCAAGGGUGAACAAGAGCGCGAGAUCUCCAAGAUCCAAGCCGAGACCGCUGUCGCCAAGACACAGCGCGACAUUGAGCGCGCCUCCGCCGAAGCCGUCCUCGACACCCGCAAGGCCGAGCUCAACCGCGACGUCGAGAUCUCCCGCGUGGCUGCCAAGCGCAGCGUCGAGGCUCAGGACGAGGAGUUGAAGGUCAAGGUCGAGAUCAAGCGCGCCGAGGCUGAGCUGCAGCGUCUCCGUGCGACCGAGGUUGUCAAGGCCACCAUUGAGCGCGAGGCCAAGCAGCAGGCUGCCGACGCUGCUGCGUACGAGAUCGAGGCUGACGCCAAGGCCAACUUCGAGAAGGCGAAGCAGCUUGCCGAGGGUGCCGCCUACAAGGUCAAGGUUGAGACUGAAGCGGCGGCGUACCAGACGAGGCAGAACGCCGAGGCUUGGACUGAUGCCGCGGUGAAGCAGGCUGAGGGUAGACUUGCGGGUGACAUCAAGACUGCGGAGGGUAUGAUGGCCAUGGCGGAGGCGUAUGCCAAGAUGAGCCAGGCUUUCGGUGGUCCUCAGGGCUUGUUGCAGUACAUGAUGAUUGAGAAGGGUACCUAUGUCGAGCUGGCCAAGGCUAACGCUGAGGCUGUCCGGGGCAUGGCUCCCAAGAUCAGCAUCUGGAACACUGGUGCUGAGGCUGGUGGUGAGGGUGGUGCUGCCAAUGGCACGGCGGCCAUGCGCAACAUCUACCAGAUGCUGCCACCUCUCAUGACGACUAUCAACGAGCAGACUGGCAUCACACUGCCGGAGUGGCAGUUUGGAAAGAUGGCUGCUCAGACUGGGGAGGUGCAGAAAGCUAUGAAGCCCAACGGCACCGCCUAAGCUGAUGUGGGAUGACUCCUGUUUUCUUUUGUUGUUUUUGCUUUUCUAUUGUCUUUAUAUUGGAGACGACAACCGUUUAGUGAUACCAGCAUGUGAGGAUGCAUACAGAGAUUGGUGGGAGAGUAUGGGAUCGGCGUUUAUUCGUGGGUUUUAUGCUAUUGGUUUCCGCCAUAUAUUUUCUGGGCAUAUUUUUCAUCAUUGUAUCUUUGGUCUUUGUUUCUAUGUUUCUAGCCGCGUUGCAUCAGUGAUACCUCAGUUGUUUUUGGUGGAUGAGUGGGACAAGGCAACAUAGAAGGGUUGGACAGACAGACAGACAGCAGACUGAUAAUACAUUUCUUUUGUGCCUAACCUUUGUUAU